AUUCUAGAACUGUAUUAUAUAUCGAGUGAAUGGGUUUGAAUUAAUAUAUUACUCCUUUCGAUUCAUAUUAAUUGACGUUGUUUUAGUGUAUUUUUAUACUAAAGCAGCGUCAAUUAAUACGGAUCGAAGGGAGUAAUAACUUAAAAAAAAAAACAGAAACGCUACGUUCCAUCCGACUGAUAAUAGCGCGGGUGUCCACCACCUUCACCACCGUUUGAUCAGACGAUACCUAGCAACCUACACCGUAGGCUAACUUCUGCAAUACGGCCCUUGUUGCAAUUCUUGCAAUACAGGUCUAUCAGACAUAAUACAGGUGUAUCAAACAGUAAACAAUGUCAACACUACGUUUCCCACGAUACCUCGUCGCCCGAUUCCAUCCAGCCGAUCGCUGGGAGCGUCGUCGCCGGCAAGCCCCUCGUCCAUCGUUGCACCCUGUGCCCUGCCUCCUCCACCUCUCUUCUUCUCGUGUUCGCAGCCAACCAUGAACUCCAGCUGCCACCAUGGCUGACCUCCUCUUCUCCAUUGGGGACCUCCGCCGUCCGCCGUCCUUCUGCCGCUCGCCUCCACCAUGGCCGUCAGCCGUUGUGGUGCGUCGUUGCAGCUAGGGUGGGUUGCGAUCACCGUCCCAGCCGCCCGUCCACCACUACCACCGGCCGUGUGGUGUGCGCCUGAGCUCAGUAUGGCUGCCACGGACCUCCUCCAUGACGUUUUCGACCAUCACCGGUCACCUCCCUGUUGUAAUUGUGACGACGGGGUUGCAAGGGGCGACGGCGAAUGGCGGCGGCGUUUCUGCAACAUCAUCUCCAUUGCAAAAAAAUUGGCAAGAUUAUUUGUGUUGCAAAAUUUUCUUCCGCGAGAACACCUACGUUACAAAAAUGUGAAGCUGGAAAAAAAAAUCUGCAAUAUCACCUAUAUUGCAAAUGGUUUCUGCAACAUGAGCUCUAUUGCGAAGAGCUCUGCAAUACUACAUUUGUUACAAUGCUGAAGACGAUGAUGGCGUCAGAUCUAAUGGUCGUCGAGGCAGCAGAAUUUUUGAAAAGAUCUGUCGGCUGAUCGGGCAUUGCAGGUCUUCAUGUUUGAAUUGGCUGGGCCUUUCAUUAACUGUGAAAACGAAGGAAGCAACGUCGAUCGUCCAGACUGCUCAGUCGGAAGUCAAGCCACCGGACCUGACUAAUCAAACACUGGAGCCAUAAAAAAUAUCUCCGCCACAAGAAAACCACUACAAAUUCAGCAAACUGACCAAACGGAUCAUUAGAUUAGAAAGCCAUCGCCGCCAUGGAUGAUGAUGAUCAUCAAGAGGAGGCGCCGGAGCAGGUGAAGCUUUUUGGCAUGUGGGCAAGCCCCUACGUCCUCAAGGUGAGAUGGGCGCUGAGCAUCAAGGGCGUGGAGUACGAGUACGUGGAGGAGGACCUGAGGAACAAGAGCCACGACCUCCUGGAGCACAACCACGUGCACAAGAAAGUCCCCGUGCUGCUCUACCGCGGCAUACCGGUGGCGGAAUCCGACGUCAUCGUCGAGUUCGUCGACGAGGCGUGGAGCCACCGCGGCGGCCGCAUCCUCCCCGACGACCCCCACGAGCGCGCCAUGGCCCGCUUCUGGGUGAGGUUCGUGCACGACAAGCCUGAGCUACAAAGGAACUUUACCCAGAUGAUUCCUGGAGGAGUUGAUCGCCGUCGGCGGCAAGGAUUUCUUUGCCGGGGAGAGCGUCGAGCUCGUGGAUCUGUCGCUCGGUGCGUUGGCGUACGUGGUCCCGAUGUACGAGGAGAUCAUCGGCGUGAGGCUGGUCACCGAGGAGAGGUUCCCGUCUCUGUCAGCGUGGAUGGGGCGAUUCUUGGACUCGCCGCCGGUGAAGGAUCACCCGCCGCUAGUGGAGAGGCUGAAACCCAGGUACCGAGCCAUGCGUGAAGCCUUUCUGAACAUGGGCUAGAUCAAAGCCACUGUCUGCGUUUAAGUGAUUGCUUGUACUAUGUCAAAAAAAAUUGCUUGUACUAGUACGAUAUAUACAGUCCUACCCACAAAAAAAACGGUCCAGUGCAUCCUUGUAUUUACAUGGCUUGUACUAUGAUCUUUACGAUAUAAAUAAGACACAUAUUUAUCAUAAAAAAUGACUCAUUUUCUAUGAAAUUUCAGAAAUUCCAGUCAUCACAGUAGCUAUCAAAUAUACGCAUUUCAAGCAAAAUAUUAUGGUGACAUAAAUUCAAGUCAGAUUUCAACAGAAACCAAAUUUUCUAACGCGGACACUCUGCAGCUACAUGUGUAUUGUCAUUGGAAAAAGAAAUACCCAUGUAACCUUUUUUUCUCAGAAAUACUCGUGUAAGAACAUCUACAACCACAAUGUUCUAAUUUGAGCCCUAUAGCGUCUAGUCACCUCUCAUUUGGCCAGGCCAUCCUUCUUAUAUCAAAACCUCUAAAUCCAUGCAACCCCAGAUCAGAUCGGGCAUAGCAAUGUUCAAUUUACAGCCGGACAUAGCAUAUGAAGUUCAUAAAAGAUCGGACAUAGCAUAGCAUAUUCACAAAAGUUUAGCCUACGAUACAUAAAUUAAAGGUAG